AAUUUUAAGCAAUAUUCCGGUUAUUUGGAUAUAACUGAAGGCAAACAUUACUUCUAUUGGUUCGUCGAGAGUCAAAAGGAUCCCGAGAACGCACCGGUAGUCCUAUGGCUGAAUGGAGGGCCCGGUUGUAGUUCACUGUUUGGAAACUUGGGAGAGAACGGACCCUUUCGAGUGAAUUCCGACGGGAAGACCCUGGCGUUGAACCCCAACAGUUGGAAUACUGUGGCGAAUGUCAUAUAUCUUGAAUCCCCGGUAAGUGUCGGCUUUAGCUAUAAAGACGACAAACAGUACGACAACACAGAUAUGUCUACCGCAGAGGACAACCAUUUAGUAUUAGAAGAGUUUUUCAAGAAAUAUCCCAAUUAUAGGAAAAACCCAUUUUAUAUAACGGGUGAAAGUUAUGCUGGAAUUUAUAUACCAAUGUUAGCCCAACAGAUAUUCAGCAAUAAAUCCACAAUUAACUUGCAAGGUAUAGCCAUUGGAAAUGGAGCUUACGGUGCCGAUAAAGCGCCGUUGAUUUUUAUGGGCGAUUAUGACUUCAGUUUGGGUCACGGAUUGCUCGCAACCGAGUCCUACGAGAAAAAGGUUGAGAAGUGCUGUGAAUGUAAAACAGGAGAAGCACUCAAUGAAUGCGAUUUCUAUCACCCGACAAAUGCCUCGACAUGUGAUUCAGUUCACCUUGAGCAAAUAGAUACUCCCAAUCCGUUCAACAUAUACGAUGAUUGUGGCGCUAAUUCAGCUUAUAUUAGGCUUUAUAACAGUUAUUACGCAAAGAAAUCAAACAAAAAGCCUAUUAGCGAAAGGCCUAAUGAAUUAAAGUGUCCACACAAUGGAUACCCAGAGUAUUUGAAUAGUCCUGAAGUUCGUAAUGCUCUUCACGUUAAGGACGACGUUAAACGUUGGGUCGAUUGUAACGGCACCUACACCUACGGCGACACCGAUCAGACACCUGUUUUCAAACAAUUGCUAAAUGAGUAUAAAAUUGGAAAACUUGUUGUGUUUAAUGGAAACUUUGAUAUCGUAUGCAGUCAUGUCGAGAAUCAACGGUUUAUCGAUAGCUUAAAACUAGACAAAGUUGGUCACUAUGGUUCGUGGGAAACACCCGAUGGACGGAUCGGUGGGUUUGUACAGCAAUACGAGAAAAACCUGAGUUUCGUGUUAGUCCGCGGGGCCGGACAUAUGGUUCCCUACGAUAAACCAGAGGCCGCCCUACAGGUACUCAAGAAUGUGGUCGGAAUCGCACGAUACCGGUGCUCACUAAUUACUGACAACCGAACCACCACAACGCUGCCUUACGGGGAUAUGGGGGCGAAC